AUGGCUUGCGUGAUGAAUUGUUUCAGAAGCAACGAGGCAGAUCACCGCGCUGACACUGCAGGAUUUACCUCACCAAAAGGCUCUACCUCACGAGAUGGAUUUGGGCUGAGGCAAUAUAGCUACAAUGAACUAGCAGAAGCAACUGAUAAGUUUUGCAACAGCAAACUCCUCGGCGAGGGUGGUUUUGGUCGAGUCUUCAAGGCAACACUAGGUGUCAAAAAAGUUGCCAUUAAGAAACUUAAAAUUGGUCGGGAUGAAAGGUCGCAGUCGAAAGAAGAAUCGGAGAAGGAGAUUAAGGUUGUUAGCCAAGUGAGUCACAAAAAUCUUGUUAAGUUGCUUGGAUACUGCAUUGAAGGAGACGAUAUAUUGCUUGUUUUAGAGUACGUUCCAAAAAAAUCUUUGAGACAUUAUUUACAUGGAGAGACGACUUUGGAGUGGGAAAAUAGAAUGAAAAUCGCCAAAGGCACAGCUGAAGGGUUGGAAUAUUUACAUGAAAAAUGUACACCCAAAAUCAUUCAUCGUGAUGUUAAGGCCAAUAAUAUGCUUAUUGACGAUAAACAUGAGCCAAAGGUAGCGUAUACAAGCAUGCCAGGAUUUUUUUUAGAAGAUAUUAAUUUCAUAUUUGGAUAUCAAUUUUAUUAUAUUUAGUUGUCUUUCAUAUUAAAUUAUAUGCCACAAUUUAAAGAAAAAAAAAUGCUACAAUAAAUAUGUUAAAUCUACUUAGAUUAUUUUUGUUCAGGUCGCAGAUUUUGGGCUUGACCUUCUUUUUCUGGAAACUGGUAGCCUUACUCACAUCACUAGAUUAAACAA